UCUUUGCGGCGGGGUUACACGCCGUCUCCGCGCUGCUGCAGCACUAACUCCACUCAGUCCGGGCCUCCAAGACUGAGAAGUGCUGCGUAAUCCUGACCUCAACAAACAACUCCCCAGUUCUGUGGUUGAACAUCGGCCCAGCAGGAAGGAGGAGGAAUAGGAGAAGAAGAGGAUGAUAAUGCAGCGCGUCCUAAGUCCUGGGACGCUGCGGUGGACGGCAGCGGCGCGCUCUCUGGCGGCAGACGCCGCCGUCCCUGCGUAUCCAGCGGCGCUCAGCUGCUGCAGACUCCGCCUGCCGCCGCCCAGGCCCGCGGGUCAGCGGUGGCUCCUGACAUCGGCCUCCAGCAGAGCAGCACAUCAGCCCAAGCACCAGCCGCCGCAGGAGGAUCCCCAGCCCACCCCCCCACCUGCAGAUGUCAAGAAAGAGGAGGCUGAGCCCGUAGAGCUGGACCCUCUGCAGGACAAGUCCAUCAGCCUGAUCCAGAGGUUCAAGAGGACUUUCAAACAGUACGGGAAGGUGAUGAUCCCGGUGCACCUCCUCACGUCGUCGGUGUGGUUUGGAACCUUCUAUUACGCUGCUAUGAAAGGAGUAAAUGUAGUGCCAUUCUUGGACAUGAUUGGUCUGCCAGAUUCACUCGUUGGCCUUUUGAGAGACUCAACAAGUGCCUACGCACUGACUGCAUACGCCAUGUUCAAGAUUGCAACCCCUGCUAGAUACGCACUGACCCUGGGGGGCACGUCCCUGUCCGUCCAGUACCUCCGCAAACACGGCUACAUGUCCACGCCGCCGCCGGUGAAGGAAUACCUGCAGGAUAAGAUGGAGGAGACGAAGGAGAAACUGUCGGAAAAGAUGGAGGUGACCAAGGAGAUGUUUUCCGAGAAAAUGGAGGAAACGAAAGAGCGCUUCUCAGAGAAAAUGGAAGAGACUAAGGACAAGCUCUCAGAGAAAAUCCAGGAAACCAAAGACAGAGUCUCUGAGGGAAAGACAUUUUUUCGGAAGAAAGGCGAUUAGCAAACGGCAACGGGCGGGUAGCGUUUAUCAAUGAUCCUGUUUUACAUCAUAGUCCUCGAAUAGGGAGAGCGAGUAACACUUAAUUUCUGCGAUUGUUUGGAAAAGAGGAGUGAGAAUAAAUUGCACUAUCCCUGUCCUGACAGACGUCAGUUAUCGCCUGGUAUCUUUAUUUAAGUGUCAAAUUGAGUCCCUAAUUGUCCGAACCUCGCCACAAUGCACUGCAAACGUAGACUAGGCAGCCGCUGAGCAGAGUGCUGCUAACCUCCGACCUCAGACGGGGUUUACACAGGAUCACGCUCUUUGGACUGCAGAUCUUUGGACUGCAACUGUGUUGACUGGAAGUAACUGUUGGAGAGGAGCAGAGACGCCGGUGAGAGCUCUAGGCUUCAGAAGCAAACAACCUGUACACAACUGUACUGGAGGCAGCGCAGUAACUAAUCCUUCUGGGUGAACGGAAAAAAUAAAACUUGAAGCUCAUUACUGUCCGUGUCGUAGUCUAUCGGAGCCUUUCUGAAGGCUGCAAGUGUCACAUGGUGUCUUUUAUAAUGUAACUAGAAAGAAAUUGCAAUUUUCUAAUGUGUUUUUCCUGAUAGCCAAAGCUAAUAGUACAUUAUUGGUGGUGUCUGCACUACUUGAUGUAUUGACUGAAAAAUUGUGUGUGAAAUGAUUAAAACAGAUCAUUUGAAAGCAGAAAUGGUCACAGUGCAUGUGUGUUUCCAUGCGGGCUAGAGAUCACAGAUACACAGCUCAGAAUCUUACAUGACACGGAUGUUAACAGUGAAAUGAAUACUGUUAUGAUACGGUUCUGACAUGACACUUCUAAUUAACAACAAAUGUUAGACAUUUCUGAUUGAAACAGCAAAUUAAACCUUCUAUGGAAUAGACCUGUGUUGAAAAAAAUAGAUUUUUCCAAUUCUAAAUCGAUUCCCAUAUUAAUUCCUAAAAAUCGAUUUGUAUGUCUAAAGAUCAAUUUUUUUUCAUCAUUACAACUUCUAUUGUUUUGUUUAUGCCCAAAAAAGGAAUUUUUUGUUGGACACGAGAAUAACUUGUGCCAUGGUUUUGCCAUUAAAUAUGUUUAAAGGUAUGAAAACAUUUUCAGUUAUAAUUGCAUUGUUUAUAUUUCAUUACUUUAUAUACUGUCUUGGGGUUACAUUUGCAUAAAAUGCUAAAAACCAAAUUCUC